UCGUAGUCACUGUCAGCCUCAGCUGUCGCGAAGUCUGGUAAGACGUGGUAGUGACGCUUCAUGUCAUGAAUGAUUUUACAAGCUGAAUGAACUAUUGCUGGCCUGGAAACCGCGAAUUAUUUGUGUGACAAUGAUAUUUUAAGAGGGAAUGAAAAAGCCAAAGAGAAAUAAACUUAAUAGCGUAGGAGUUGAGGUGAAAGGACCUGUCGAGAGAGCAGAUGUCAACUGUGGGAAAAAACAGAAGUUGGCUGAGAUACAUCAGGCUUUGAACAGUGAUCCGGUGGAUAUUGAGACCCUCCAGAGGGCUGCCAUCAGCAAAGGGGGACUGUUUAUAGAUGAACUGCGGAGAAAAGUGUGGCCUAAACUUCUUAACAUCAAUGUAUAUGAACUGCCUUAUAAACCUGGGAGAGCUGGACGGGAGAACCAAAAGGACUACAACCAGAUUGUCAUGGAUGUCAGGAGAUCCAUGAAGCGCUUCCCAAAAUGUAUGCUGUCUACAGAAAGAGAUGUUCUACAAGAACAGCUCAUUGAUGUCAUACUAGAGGUUUUAAGAUGCAACCCCCUGCUGAACUACUACCAGGGCUACCAUGACGUGGCGGUCACGCUAUUACUGGUUGUUGGUGAGCGGAUGACCAUCGCAAUGCUGCACACCUUAUCCAAAUGUCACCUCAGGGAUUUCAUGGACCCUACAAUGGACAGCACCAAACAUAUUUUAAACUAUUUGAUGCCUUUAUUGGAAGAAGUGGACAAGGAGCUUCAUGACUUCAUGAUCAGAGCGGAGGUGGGGACCAUCUUUGCUUUGUCUUGGCUCAUCACGUGGUAUGGACAUGUCCUGUUGGAGCCCAAACUCACACUGAGACUCUACGACUUCUUCUUGGCCUCUCACCCCAUAAUGCCCAUCUACCUAGCUGCUACGAUCGUGUUGCACAGGGAGAAGGAGGUGAAGCAGACAGAAUGUGACAUGGCCAUGGUGCACCACCUCCUCUCGCGCAUCCCCCAGGACCUCCCUUAUGAGUGCCUCAUCGGCCAGGCGCAGGAGUUGUUUGUCCGCUUCCCUCCCUCCUUGCUGGCCAAGCGGGCAGAGCUGCGGUCUCGUAAAAGCCAGUCAAUUAGUAACUUCAAGACGUUUCAGCUUGCGACACUCCACCAGAGACCAGACUCCGUACUCCAGCGCCUAACUACAUCCUCCAAACGAGCAGCUCGUCACUCAGGCUUGGAUGAGGCUUUGCCCCGGGACGGAGGCCAGCGUUGGGGGAAGGGGAGCAGGAUGGUGAAGAUGGCCGUGUGGGGGCUGUCGGCGACGCUGGGGGCAGCAGUGUUCGCGGUGGCUCAGACAGCCUUGGACUGGGGACCCGAUGUGUUGCUGCAGCUCUUCUGAGGCGACGCCGCAUUCGUUUAAAGGAUCUUAAGAGGCUUUUUCUCAUGUAAGGACUAGAAGCAUAUACAUAUCUUAAGGGGAAGUUACUUUAAUGGAAACAAAGGGGAUUUAAUUUAAAAGGGAAACUGCACUUUUUUUGAAAUUUUGCCUGUUGUUCCCAAUCAAUAUGAAAGACAAGGCGACGUGUAUGUGUGUGUGUAUGCGUGGGUGUGUGUGUGUGUGCGCGUGGGUGUGUUUUAAUGCUUUCCAACUUCUAAUUAGGCUUAAAUAAAGAUUUGCUUAAAAUGGAGCCAAUAAGAAGUUCCAGUAAAUAACCAUUCAAAAAGCGCCAACAAUUUACAUUUUGCGAGUUAAAUAUAAAGCGUUAGUGAUACUGUUAUUACAAGUGCUAAUGCUGACAAAUUAUAGCAGCGCUGUGAUCACUACCUAGUUUGGCUAUGUUGACAUCAUUGGCUGGUGAGCUGCUCUCUCGCGUCAGAGCUCGUGGAAAUAUAUUGUAGAUCCUAAAUAUGCUGGCAGCACAGUGGAGCAGGGGUUAGUGCCCGUGCCUCACAAAAAGAAGGUCCUGGGUUUGACUCCUUGGCUCAAGGUCUCUCUGUAUGGAGUUUCUCCCUGUGAUUGGCUGGGUUCCUUUCUGGGUACUCCAGCUUCCUCCCACCUCCAAAGACAUGCACAGACAUGAUAGGCUGAUUGGCAACACUAAAUUGUCCUUGUUUGUCUUGGCCCUGCGAUGAGGUGGCGACUUGUCCAGGGUGUAUGCUUCCUUCUGCCAAGUGCAGCUGGGAUAGGCUCAAGCCCUCCCCAUGACCCUUAAAGGGACAGACAGUACAAAAUUGAAAGAUGGAUUGGAUAAAUAAUGCCUUGCCCCUCGAUAGUAGAAGGAACAAGACUUAAUCCAACAAAUUGGUGCACUUUGACAGCCAAUUUAGACCAGGAAAUUGCGAGAAAGACACGGAAAGAUGCUUGGUUCCAACCCCUUUCACAAGGAUUAUGAGUCAUUCCUCAUCUAAACGGGAAUUUAACAAGAUUCUACAAGUCGGCAUCCUUAUGAUAGCAGACAUUGUAUUGUAAGUGAUGUUUUAUUAUGUUUAUCUCUCAUGAAGUCUGCAGUAAGUAAUAACCAGUGAUGUUGUGGAAGAAAAAAGUGAAUAUUGUGAUGCAUUUUUUUUAAAGUAAGUGAGCCACGUAUGCUCAAAUUGAGCAAAAUACGUAAAUAUUACGUUAUUGUAAGUGUGCCUUUUACUACAUUACAUACAUACUUACAGUAUGUAUGUAAAACUUUAAUGGAGGUGUUUUUCUAAAGGUUCUAUUGGCAGAAUAGAGUGACUCCCAUAAGCUCUGUUGUAAGCAGACUUUUGAUCGCAUGUUAUUACUGUUAGGAUAAGUGCAGUUUCCCUUGAAGAAGUAGCUUAGUGGGACAUGGUUUCAAAUGCUUUAUAUUCAAGUUAAAGUGCCACACUGUCGUCGGCAUUACUCAGCUUUAGGCUAUUAGUGUGUGUGUGUGCGUGUGUGCGUGCGUGUGUGUGUGUGUGCUUUUUAGAAAUUAAUUAUAUAUUUUAGUUUAGUUUUUGUAAUGCGCUCUGCAGCUGUAUCUUGACGCCAAGAAGUGCCUCUGGCCAAAGAAAUAAGAUAAAUUAUUGAAGAGCUCAAAGCUUCUUGUUGUGAGGAGAGGUGCAGAGAUGACAAAAAUCAAGGCGCUAUUUAUUGCGACAGGUGUCGGUGAAAUACUGUAUGUACACAAAGCGACCAUGCUGCGAUUUUGCACAUGUGCGAUAGAGGCAUUGAAGUAUGUAUAUAUUUUUGCUGAUCAAUCAAGGAAAUACACCCAAGUAGCCUAAUGCAGGCAUGCACCUGAAAGGCUGCUUUUACUUGAGUGUCAUGUCACAAGCCUCUGUGUCGCGCGCUGUUUUCACCAAAUGUAAUGGGAAACAAUUAUAAUUUGUGUUUAUUUGUGGAAAAAUAACUACACGCUCACUAGCUGUCGAAGGUACUUUGUUAGAAUAUAAUUGUGGCAUUUCAGAACUUAGGAUGAAUCAAUAAUACAGACAAGGCAAAGCAUGUUAGCGCUGUCUGCCGUGUUUGCCGACUUUGCGUUAAAAUAUUUAUCUGCUAUUUAUGAGCACUUGGCCCAACUGCAUCUGUUAGCACAACUUUGCUAGAAUUGCGGCACAGCGCGGUCCUCCCUCGUUUCACCCCUCUCAUCAGGCUAAUGGCCAGCAUGUGUCAUUAAUUUAAAGUUGCUGUGCAACGUGUGAAUCCUCACAAGUGUUAUAAGUGCAGCUCAUCAAAACAAACACAACAAAAUAAAAACACCAGAGGGUUAAAAGGUUAGUUCAACCUAGACGUGUGUGUCUCCGGGGCUUGAGGCAAUCAGAGCAGGGUUACUGAGCUGAGUAAUUAACAAUCCAGUCAAUCUGUCACUCUUAUUACUUAGCUAGUUAAGAGGCAUGGACUAGAACUGAGACUUUUAUUGUUGAUCACUUUUUAAUUAGACCAUCAAUGAAUCAAAGCUUGUUUGUUGGUCCGUAAUCAGUUUGUGCGUCACUGGCCUGUUUUUUGUGUGCCAUGGUGCUCUUGUUGCCUGCCUGAUAACUUGUAUUUAUUGUAACAAACUGGCAAUUAAAAAUAUCUUGUUGCAUUGCAUUGAGCCAUAAUAUUGUUUGUAAUAUACAUGUUCUUGGCAUCCAUGUAAACUUUUUUUAGUUUAGGUUUAUGCUGUAGAAAUUGAGUUUUAUUUCCAUCACAAAUAUAAAUACACCUUUAGCUUUCAUUUAAUUUGCUAUUUGAUGUGCCUUUACAUGUAUCAGAAUUAGGGCUGCAUGAUAUUGUCAAUUUCCUUCCUGGAAAUUCAAUUUUUCAAGUACAAUUUAGAUAUUUUUGACAACCAGGUGGUGCUGACGUCAUGUCUUCUGUAAUUAAAUAGGCGAAUGAAAAUAAUAAUAAAAAAAAAAGCUAAAGAAAUGUUCUACAUAUUUAAAGACACAUCUUACUGUUUUUAUUAUUUGACAACCAUGUGGUGCUGACGUCAUGUCUUCUGUAAUUAAAUAGGCGAAUGAAAAUAAUAAUUAAAAAAAAAGCUAAAGAAAUGUUCUACAUAUUUAAAGACACAUCUUACUGUUUUUAUUAUCGGUAUUUCCUAACUUUCUCAUUACUUUAGGCCUUUUUUCUGUAAUUUGAAAAUGUUGUAAAAUUGUUCUUUAUUUUAUUUGUACAAUGUGCCACGAAUCUUUAAAACAGCCAUUUUUGAAAACGACUUUACACAUUUUACCAAGGGGGCAAAGUGUUGCCAAAUGCUGCAAGCUUCUCAAUAGGGAUGUGAAUAUAACAACGCACGAUUCAAUUUGAUUCUGAUUAGAUUCCUGAUUCAAACUGGUUCUCACAGUAUAUUAUCAGGUAAAUAAAUUAUAAUAACACCUUUUUAAAAAUGAGUUACAGGUUACAAAUUCUCCUCUUGGCUGUUACAGUACAGUAUGAUGUAUACACAUAGAGCCUGCAGCUCAGGGUGCGAACUGGGGACUAGGGGUUCAAAUUUGGGCCGCUGAGUUGUUUUGUUUGGUCUACUAAAAGAUGGCUUCCCAAAUUCAAUAGUUAUUGAUAUUGACCUCUUUUUAAGUUCACACGAUCAUAGAUAGAUAGAUAGUACUUUAUUUAGUCCUUCAGGAGAGUUCCCUCAAGAAAAUUUAAAUUCCAGCAGCAAUUGAGAUCGAAUUCAAAAAGUAAAUAAUGGGGGUAUAAAUGGAAACAAAAUAGAAAAAUAUUACAAUAAGAAUGAAAAUAAAACGCAACAAUGAGAAUAAAAAUAACAGUAAAAUAAGAAUAUAACGAGAAACUAGGCAGUGGUGACAUUGUUAUGAAAAAGUAUUGCACUGUUAUCGUUUUGCAUCCCCUGUCAUGCUGCGUAUGUACCAUCCAUUGAUGGCACAAAUGCAAGGCUAAUAACUAUGCUGUCCAUAGAUCAUGACAAUCUCCACUACCUUUUGUAUAUGAAGGUAUGGGGGUUACCUCCUCACACAUGGAGGCAAAAAGGCUUAGCAACCCAGCUUGUAGACUGUGUAAAAAAAAAAACAAUUUUUGAAAGCAGUUUCUUGAAAAUUUAAAUCUAUUCAGAAUCGUAAUACAAGUUGUGAUUCGGAUGUGAAUUUUUUCAGCAAACCUACUUCUGGAGGUUUUCUACACGCUUUGCACUGCAAUGGUAAUGUCUUUGGGCUUGUGGAGGCUGGUCUCCGCUCAAGCUUGCGCAGCAAACACUUCAAGUGCUUUUAAUGACCACUUCUAUUUGAUUACCGAAAAGUGCAUUACAGAUGUGGAGGGAGACCUUUAAAGCAAGAUCAUUUAUGAUCAUACUGUUUUGUUGCAAAAAAGAGGCUGCUUUUUUGCCAAGUGAAGUUAACCUGUUCAGCCUGUGUUGAAUAAAAAUAUUUAAAUCGC